AUGUUGCCUUCCCAAGAAGCCUCCAAGAUCUACCACGACAAUUAUAUGCGCAACUCCCGGGCCAUCGGGGUGCUGUGGGCCAUCUUCACCAUCUGCUUCGCCAUCGUCAACGUGGUGGUGUUCAUCCAGCCCUACUGGAUCGGCGACAGCGUCAACACGCCGCAGGCCGGCUACUUCGGCCUCUUCCACUACUGCGUGGGCACCGGGCCGUCGCCCAGCCGGGAGCUCACCUGCGUGGGCAGCUUCGCCGACUUCAGCUCCAUCCCGUCCGGAGCCUUCAAGGCGGCCUCGGUGUUCGUGCUGCUGUCCAUGGUGCUGAUCCUCAGCUGCAUCGCCUGCAUGGCGCUCUUCUUCUUCUGCAACACCUCCACCGUUUACAAGACCUGCGCCUGGAUGCAGCUGCUGUGUGGAGUGUGCCUGGUGCUGGGUUGCAUGAUCUUCCCCGACGGAUGGGAUGCCGAGGUGAUCCGGGACAUGUGCGGGGAGCAGACAGGGAAAUACUCCCUGGGCGACUGCUCUGUCCGCUGGGCCUAUAUGCUGGCCAUCAUGGGCAUCCUGGACGCCCUCAUCCUCUCCUUCCUGGCCUUUGUCCUCGGCAACCGGCAGACAGACUUCUAUCUUGAUGAUCUGCAGACAGACAACAAAGAUUUUGCUGUGUCAAGGAUUGAGGUUCGGGACAGAAGAGAGCCACGGUAUGGAGUGCAGCGUCUUCACUGA